AGCGCAGACUGCUGGAUAUCUGCUGGAAACCACAGCUUCAGCUCCACCACAUAGUCCUCCCCCAGUGUUAUGCAAGUCGAGAGGAGGAAUCUUCUAACCAGCAGAGGAAUUUAGGUGUUGAUCAAGAGGAACCAGAAGCUCCACAGAUUAAAGAAGAACAGGAGGAACCAGAAGCUCCACGGAUGAAAGAAGAACAGAAGGAACCAGAACCUCCACAGAUGAAAGAAGAACAGGAGGAACCAGAAGCUCCACAGAUUAAAGAAGAACAGGAGGAACCAGAAGCUCCACAGAUUAAAGAAGAACAGGAGGAACCAGAAGCUCCACGGAUGAAAGAAGAACAGGAGGAACCAGAACCUCCACAGAUGAAAGAACAGGAGGAACCAGAACCUCAACAGGUUAAAGAAGAACAGGAGAAACCAGAAGCUCCACAGAUUAAAGAACAAGAGGAACCAGAACCUUCACAGAUUAAAGCAGAACUGGAGGAACCAGAACCUCCACAGAUUAAAGAAGAACUGGAGGAACCAGAACCUCUACAAAUUAAAAAUGAGGUGGAGGAACCAGAACCUCUACAAUUUGUAGAGGAACAGAAGCAACCAGACGCUCCACAGAUUAAAGCUGAACAUGAAGAACAAGAAUUUAUACGGAUUGAGGAGAAACGGAAAGAAUCUGAACCUCCACUCACAAAAGAGGAGCAAGACGAUUUCUGCAUCAGUCAGAUUAAAGAGCAGCUUGAUCUGAAACAUACGAUUGAUACCUUGAUGAAGAUUCCUACUCAUGAGGAAAAUGAUCAAAAUGAAGCAGAUCUAAACAAUCAGCAGAAUUUUAAUUUACCCAAUAGUCGGGAUGAAGAAGGAAACCCACAUGAAGAAUCAACAUCAACUACAGUUGAAGAGACAGACCCACAGAACAGAGAUCAGAGGAAGAAAAGAGACAGAAGUCAUGUCCAAAGUGUGGCCAGCUCUCACAUGUCAGAAAGUCAGUGCGACUCUGAUGUUAGAAAGAAGUUCAAGAAUGAAACCUUUGUUAAAAAAGACCAACAAUCCCCAAACGAAAACAGACUUUAUUUUGUAAAGGCUGGUGAAAACCCAGGAAUUGUUAGUAAUCACUUUUUCUACUUGAAAAAAGAAUCUGAUGGAAGUCUUUAUUUGUGUACAAAAAGUGGUGAAAGUUUUGGUCACUUGUCCGAGUUCAGAAAUCACGUGACAACUCACAUAGAACAGAAGCCUUUUUCUUGUUUGCAAUGUAAUCAACUGUUUAAUGACGUAGUUCAUUUAAGGAACCACCUGAGAACUCAUAGCGUAGAAAUGACUUGUACACAAUGUAACAAAAGUUUUUGUUCCGUAAGUAGUCGCAAAAGACACAUGAGACUUCACGUGGGAGAAAAGAGUUUUUCUUGUAAACAAUGUGACCAAAAAUUUUCUUACCAAUGUAAUCUCAAAAGACACAUUAGAUGUCAUACUGGGGAAAGGCGGUUUGUUUGUCAACUAUGUGCAAAACGUUUUAGUGAAGGGUUUCAACUCAGAGCACACAUGAAAAUGCACACAGGAGAAAAGCCCUUUUCAUGUAAAGAGUGUGCAAAAUGUUUUAGAGAAGCGUUUCAUCUCAAAAGCCACAUGUUAAGUCAUACAGGAGAGAAGCCCUUUUUGUGUAAAGAAUGUGAUAAACGUUUUACUCAGGCAGGUAGUCUCAAAAAACACAUGAGACUUCAUACAGGAGAAAAGCCUAUUCGAAACAAGUCAUUAAGAACUGUAUGAAAUGCUUAAAACUAAUCUGCUCUUCCUUACUGAGACUUCAUAGUCUCACUCCAACUAUAUUUUUUCUAUUGUAUACUUUGCAUCCCUUCACCGCCAGGGUUACCCUAUUUUAAAAAAAAGGGCUAUUUCAGAGAACCUUGCCUCUACAAAUGUCCCUACAAUUGGAGCGGUAGGGGAAUAGUUCUGUUUUGAACAUAAUAUUCUAAGAUAAAAAAAAUUGUUUUCAUAAUCUAUAAGCGACAAUGAUCACAUUUUGCAAAAUUAGGGAUUGUGUACUUAAUUUCAUAUAUUGAAUUGAUAGACAAAAUUGUUUAACUUGUUCAUCAAAGCCAUUUGUUUCGAUAUACCUCUUAAUAAAAAUGUGUUAUUUUUAAUCAGGAAGUUUUGAUUUGAUUUUAAGGAAAUUUUUAUCAUUUUUUUGUUGGUUGAAUUUAAUUUGAAGAUUUUUGUACUUUUAUUAUAUUUCUUAAAAGUUGUUGAGUUAACCUUUGUGGUUGUAGUUUAUACUGAGACAAUGUUGUUUAAGUCUAUGUGUUGCCAUGACAACAUAAAAAUAUUUUUACACAUCUCUAAUUUUAGCACACCUUUAAAUGUAAUUGUGAAUUUUCUGGGGUUUUUUUUCAAUAUAAAAUCAUUGCAAUUUAUUUUUUGUUGUGAGGAAAAAACAGUUAAGUGAAAAAAAGAUUUUUCCAAAAAUGUAUUAAUAAAGAGGUGGAUAAAGAAACAG